AGAGAGAGAGAGAGAGAGAGAGAGAGAGAGAGAGAGAGAGAGAUGGAUGAUCAUAUGGCGCUCGCCUCUCAGUUGUACCCUGGCGCCUUCACCCAAAUUGCUCCUCAACAAGGAGAGCCGAGGAGGAGGAGGAGGAGGAGGAAGAACAAAGCGAACGGAGAAGGAAGCAUCAAUGGAGGAACGAUGAGGAAGAGGAAGCUGAGUGAAGAGCAAGUGAACAUGCUCGAGAUGAGCUUUGGCAACGAACACAAGCUCGAGUCGGAGAGGAAGGACAGAUUGGCGUCGGAAUUGGGGCUCGAUCCUCGUCAAGUGGCUGUCUGGUUUCAGAACCGUCGUGCUCGUUUUAAGAACAAGAAGCUCGAAGACGAGUUCAGCAAGCUCAAGGACCUCCAUGAAAACGUCCUUGUCGAGAAGUGCCGUCUCGAAUCUGAGGUUAUCGAGUUGAAAGAGCAGCUGCAAGAGGCGGAGAGAGAGAUCCAGCGGUUGGCGGAGAGGGCAGAAGGGGGUUCAAGCAACAGCCCGACAACUUCAUCUGUAUCGGUCGAAGCCAACGAUGCGCCGUUUCUCGGAGAUUACGAAGUGGACGAUUCAUGUUUUGAUUUGAUCUACCCGCCGCAAAAUGGUUAUACCGCGGGCAUCGAAUGGAUGACUAUGUACUUGUAAUUAACUAUAACAUCAUCAUUAUUAUUGUUAUUAUAAUUCUUAAACUAGGGCAACUCUAAAAAUAAUUGUCAUUAGUUAUAUAUAUAUAUAUGACCGUAAUCUGUAAUUUGUAGAUGUAGAUAUACGAUGGGUCCGAUGAUGAUGUAGUAGCAAUUGCUUAGCCAAGGAGUAAUGCUUGACUGUCUUUUCUAUAUAUUUUAGCGCUCUUGUCGUUAA